CGGCAAUGGUACGAUUUCAAAAACCCUCCUUUUGCGAUUGGUUUCCGGAAAAUUGCACAAUCUUCGAGAACGGAAUAGAACACAACCACAACGCGCCGCAAAUUGCUCAAUGAUUUGUUCYGGCCUUGGGAGCACACGAGUACGUACCGAACCCAAACGCAAGAACGCCUGACACCURAUAAAGGAACGCAAUCCAAUCCUUGUUUCCGGAGAGUAGGAGUUGCACGGUCACUCCCCAACAAAAUACCGACACCUUUCACCUGGCAAAGUAUCGGCACCACGAAAAAAAAGGAGUUGGUUCGAUUUGCCKGAACGGAAGCACCCCGUCCAUCAACGCUGACAUCUUCCAUCAAAUCAUACAACACCAAUGACAUCCUUUGACUUGCGYGCGGUUGUGGAAAUCCCCACCGCUGCCCUCCACUACGAGGACGGCGCAAGAACGCGGUGGAGCAGCAGGAGGGGCAUGGGCCGCGCAAAGAKCUUCGAUCGUUCCAUCGGCCCUGCAAAGAACCCCAGCCACACAACCAAACCCCGCGGCAACAAGGCCGGCAACAACAACAGCAACAGCAGCUACAACAACAACAAGAACAGCUACACCACCACCACCACCAACAACAACAAGAACCACAAAGCCSCCAUGAAGAUUCCGGGCACACCGCGAACCGUGCAUUGCUGCAGCGACGAGGAGAUCGAGGACGAGGAUCCCUUCCUUGUCUUUGAGCAAGRGGAAGACUCCGGCUCCGACGCCCCUGCCCCCCGUUCGGAGGCAAGCCCCCCGAGGGCCGGCGUUUCGGCCCUUCCGGCCUCGUCGGAGGCGUCGUGCACGUCGUCCGUCUCGUCUUUUUCCAGGCACACCCAAGCGCACACCCGUGGGAGGGGGCCCGGGCGCAGCAAGAGCAACAGCGAGCGCUUCUUUGCCUCGGACCACUCCAGCGGCUUUUACGAGGCCCCAAGGGCCGCGAGGACCCGCAAGCAGAUCCGCAGGCUCUACGGGACCACCGCCUCGUCGUCCGCCGCGAGCGUGGCCACCGAGGCGUCCUCUUCCUCCUCCCGGAGCCKGCGGUCCAUCGCGAGGGUCCGGGACGCCUGGCAGAGCCUGGUGUCCCCGGACUUUUCCUUCGGCGGCCCCCUGGGCCUGGGCCGGUCGGCCCAGUCGCCGCUCCUCCCGUACAAGAGCGGCAGCCGCCGGUACAAGGACGAAACACGGGGACAAAGGAUCUACUACUCCCUGGGGGACGACGGCGGCGGCGGUGGCGGCGACACAAGGGGGGCUUGCGCCGCGGGACGGGGGGUGCCGAGCCUUCCCUCGCUCGCGCCGGAGCCGUUCGCUCCCCCAAAAGCAGCGGAGGCCGGGGCGGUCCAUCGAUUCUCGRAGGAAGCCUCUCCCCUUGGGUCGCCGUCCCGGUCGCUGCCGGGCCGGGCCUCCCGGCCGGYGSCSCCCCCCCGCGGGCCCGACKACGGCGACAGCGAUUCCGACGACGACGACGACGAAGACGAUCCCUGCCACGGGGACCACCCGGGGGCGGGGACCUUUGAUUUUGCCAUUGGAAGGGGAGAAUGCUAGAACCAGCCAGCGAGCGAAACAAGGGCACCGCUUACUCCACUCCACUCCACCGCAGCGCAGCAAAGUGCCACUCAACGCAACGCAACACAAGCGCGGCCUGCCCUGCCGCGGCCCGGCCUUGCAAAAGAGAACCAAGCGCAGCACGGCAACGCAACGCAACGUCCCUUAGACAUAGAAAAGGAACAACAACAACAGCAGCAGCAGCAAUAUAUAUAUACAUAUACA